CUUGGUCAUGUAUAAAUUAUUAUUAUUCAUUCCCCCUCAGAUAUACAUUUAAAAUAUAAUCAGCUAUAUUGCUGAUGGGUUUCAGGACGCAGAUGAGUUGCAAAAGUUUCACAUGAGAUGUGACAAUCUACAAGAUACUUUUAAUCAUGACGUACGUUGAUGAUUUGCGAGCAAUAAAUGAAGAAAAUUUUCGAAUUUUUGCAUUUUGGGGAAGUAUAAUGGUGAUAAAAAUUUUGGCAAUGGUGUUUUUAAUUGGUCGAUGGCGUUGGAGUAAAAGGAUAUGGAUAUCACCAGAAGACGCAACUUGGCUUUCCAGAUCACAAGUAAAACAUGAUCAUCCAGAAAUUGAGAGAGUACGAAGAGCUCAUUUAAAUGAUCUUGAAAAUAUAUUACCAUGGGCAUUAUCAACAAUUCUUUGGCUAACAACAUCACCAGAAACAGCUUUAGUUGCUUCACUAAUUAAAUGGUUUGCAAUUAGUCGAAUUAUACACACGAUUGUUUAUGCAGUCAUUGUUAUACCACAACCAGCAAGAUUUUUUUCAUUUCUUGUUGGAUUUAAUAUAACUUUAUAUCAAUCAAUCGCAACUGCCUAUCAUUAUUAUUAUUACACUUAAACUAUUACAUAAUUACGUUAAUUAAAUAAUUAUCCGAUGAGUAAUAAAAUUUAUAUUAAAAAGUUAUAAUGUUUUUUGUUUUUUAAAUUUAAUACAAGUAUGUAUUUUAAAUCUAACAUAUAAGUAAUUCUAUAUGUAAAAUAACCUUGAUGAAAUUGUUGUUUUGAAUAAUAAUCAGUUUAAUCAUUUAAAAUUCAAAAGAAAAAAAAACAUGAACUUGUUAUUUUAUAUUUAUUUAUUUUAUUAUAUCAUAAUUUAGAUGAAAUAAAUAAAUUAUUUAUUUCAAGUAAAUUUAAAAUAAUAAAAAAAUAAAUAUAUAAAUUGCAAAUAUUAUUAUAAUUUUCAUUUGAUUUAUUCCUUGUUUUAAUUUAAUGAAACUAAUAAUGAUAUUAAUUUCAAAAAAUUACUUUUUUUUUUUAAAUUUAAAAGUAUUUGAAAAAUUAAGACAAUUUGUUUUAUUUAUCUUUUUACUAUAAGACUAGUUUGGGAAUUAAAAAGUUUUACGAAUAAAAUAUAUAUCGGUAAUGAAGUAAAAAAUAAAAUAAGAUUAAUAAAUUUAUUCUAUUGGGAUAAAAGAGAAUAAUUAAAGUUUAAAUAAUUUAUUAUUUUCAUAUCAAUUAUUGUAAUCAUUGAUGGAGAAAUUUACUCUGCAUAAUUUAUGUAUUUAAAAAAAAAUAAAGUUUUUAGUUGUCUCGUAUUCACAAGGGUGUAUUAAAUAUCGCCCUAAACUAAGUUAUUAAAUUUUCCCCAUUAGUCUGACAAAAUAAAAUUAGCAGCAGUUGAUUUGUUUACUUGUCUUUGUCAUUAAUUAUGAAUGAUAUUUUUGUUAAUAAUUAAAAUGAAUCAAGAAAAACAUAAGUAUCACGACGAAAUAUUGUAAAAAUAAAAACGAUGAAGGUAAAUACACGUUGAUGUAUCAUGUGCAUCAAAAUUGUUUUGUCAAUAAAUGUAUAUAUUAAAUUGUCCGAAUUAAAUGAGCUAAUUUUCUG